ACGAGGGCGCUGCCAGAGGCAGUGGUAGACGACUCGCUGCGAGUGAGGCAGUACACUUGUGAGACAAGAGUGUUUAUGCAACUAUGGAUAAUACUUUACUUGAUAUUAAAGAGUACCCUGAUACUGAGGUACAAAAAACCCAAAUACUAACUCUGGAACAAUGGCAAGACAAGUGGGUGAACCGCAAUAUUGGAUUUCAUCAAGAACAAGGACAUCAGCUAUUAAAAAAGCAUUUGGAUACUUUUCUCAAAGGCGAGAGAGGACUGAGAAUAUUUUUUCCCCUUUGUGGAAAAGCAGUUGAGAUGAAAUGGUUUGCAGACUGGGGACACAGUGUAGUUGGUGUGGAAAUCAGUGAACUUGGGAUACGAGAAUUUUUUGCAGAGCAGAAUCUUUCUUAUUCAGAAGAACCAAUCCCUGAAAUUCCAGGAACCAAAGUCUUUAAGAGCUCCUCGGGGAACAUUUCAUUGUACUGUUGCAACAUUUUUGAUCUUCCCAGGACAAAUAUUGGCAAAUUUGACAGAAUUUGGGAUAGAGGUGCAAUAGUUGCUAUUAAUCCAGGUGAUCGCAAACGCUAUGGAGAUAUAAUGUUGUCACUACUGAGAAAAGGAUUUCAGUACUUCGUGUGUGUUGUUUCUUAUGAUCCAACUAAACAUCCAGGUCCACCAUUUUAUGUUUCACAAGCUGAAAUUCAAAGAUUGUUUGGUUCACUGUGCACACACAUUCAUUGUCUUGAGAGUGUUGAUGUUUUUGAAGAACGACAUAAAAGUUGGGGAAUUGACUGCAUUUUUGAAAAGUUAUAUCUACUUACAGAAAAGUAAAUAAACAAGUAACAACACUCAAGUAACAACCUGUUGAGUAAUUGAAAAUUAUGCUGAGAUUUAACAAUGUAAUGGAUAAAUUUUUUUCAAAAUUGUGAAUCAUAUCAUAGAUCUUUGCUCCAAAAUUCAUGUAACUUUUUAGAAGAAAACAUACUAAAAUGUUAAAGU